UCAGCUGUAACUCGCCACUUCACCAGCAAGGUUGUUUGGAAGAGCGCGAGGCUUUUUUGUUGUUAACAACUUUCUUGCGGUACGGUUGUGAAAAAAUCUUUGAAUAAUUAAUUCAUUUUACAUUGAAUAAUUAAAUGCAUUAAACAAUAUUUGUCACUCAAAUCCCUUCCAUCAAAGUUGCAAAGUAAUAAUUAAAGCUACCAUUUGCAGUGACAAGAAAAAGUGCAAAUUCUAAAAAUAGUCUCACUUAAACAAUAAACAUACAAUUUUGUUGUCUAUUGCGUCCUAGGCCUCUAAAGAGUGAACUCUCAAGUUUAUUUUGCAAUAACUUAAAAGCAACCGCCACAUCGUGACACAGAAAAAAACUUUGUGGAAGUCAAGGCAUGUCACAAAAAUUGAUGAUCGCUAAACAAAGUUGAAAAAAAAAGAAACUUCCUUAUAAUCCAUUCCAAAGAAAACCUGGCCAGUUUUUCUGAUCUCGAGACAAUCUCCAAUCAGAAGGUCACAAUUCUAGUCAACGAAAUUAAUACGUUAAAAAUACAAAAAUGUGUUGCCAAUGCUGUAGCGUGACGCAGCGAAAGAUAUGGGUAUUCGGUAUUGGAACCUUAAUGUUAUUGAUGGGAGUUGUUGUCAUCCUAAUUUGGCCUGAUAUGUCUACUAAGAUGGUACAAUCGUCCUUGGUCCUUAAAGAGGGAACAGAAAAUUUUGAAAAUUGGAAAGAAACUCCAAUUCCAAUUUACACCAAAUUUACCCUCUUCAAUUGGACAAAUCCCGAGGAAUUUCGGAAUCCGAAUGUCAAACCAAAUUUAGUAGAAAUGGGACCAUAUGUUUUCUUGGAGAAAGACUUAAAAAUGGACUUGGAUUUCCAUGAAAAUAAUACAGUUUCAUAUUACAAUCGAAAGUCUUGGUUCUUUAUUCCAGAAAUGUCCAAUGGAACAUUGGAUGAUAUGGUGACAGCAGCUCAUGUGAUAACAGCUAGUGUUGCUGAUAUGAUGCGUAAUCGAAACAAAUAUGUAAAAAAAAUCAUGAAUUUCGUCCUCAAUCACGAGGGCGGCGAAUUGGCUGUGACAAAGAAAGCCGGCGAAUGGAUUUUCGAUGGCUACCAAGACAAUUUGAUUGAUUUCCUUAAACUCUUUAAUACAUCAGCAAUUCAUAUUCCGUAUACGAAAUUUGGUUUCUUAGUUGAUCGAAACAACUCAAAAGAAUUCGAUGGUCGAUACAUGAUCGGAACUGGUGGCGAUGAUAUUCAUAAACUUGGCCUAUUGACAAACUGGAAUGGAAGACCAACAAAUGGUUUUUAUCCUGGUGAAUGUGGCAAAGUAAAUGGAAGUACUGGAGAUCUACUUCCACCAGAUUUAGAUGUGAACGAAGAUAUUACCAUCUAUGCAGUUGAUACGUGUAGAUUUUUGAAUUUAUCCCCCGGUGGCAAGGUCCAAGUUUAUGGUUUAGAUGGUUAUGAGUGGACUGGAACAGCUGACACUCUAGACAGUGGUGAAAAUGAUCCCGAACAAAAGUGCUUUUGUAAUCCUAAAGAAGAAGAAUGUCCAAAAACUGGUGUAGUCGAUUGUCGAAGGUGUCGAAAUAAUGCACCAAUUUUUGCAUCAUUCCCACAUUUCUAUCUUGGUGAUCAAAGUUAUGUUGAUGGUGUUACAGGUAUUAAGCCUGUAAAAGAAAAACAUCAAUUUAGAUUUGCUAUUGAACCAACAAUGGGAGUUCCUUUGGAGAUUCAUGCGAGGAUUCAAAUUAAUUUACUGAUUCAACCAGAUAAUGAUUUUGAUAUUUAUAAAGGAGUACCUAAAGUUAUGAUGCCAAUGUUUUACUUUGAACAAAUUGCUGAAUUAACAGAAUCAUUGGCCAAUAGGACGAAGCUUGGUGUCAAUCUUAAAAGCUAUGGCUUGUACCUUGGCUAUUUCCUGAUAGCGGUUGGUGCAAUUAUGGAUAUCAUUGGAAUUGUACUAACUGUGACAAAGAGAUGGACACGUUCCGCUGACGACGAUGAAGAACUACUGACUAACUAGAAUUUGACGAUAUUGUUUCCAAUUUGCGUUGGUCAUGCAACGAUCUCACAUCAUAAACCUGACGAAGAAGAUGAAGACGACGAAGAAGAAGGAUUUGAAACUGAACAUCACAACGACACAUCAAUCACCUUGACCUCUGAAGCAAUUGAAACAAUAUCAUGAAGAACAACAAUAAUACUAUUAGUCUUCCUUUUGAGAAGAUACAAACAUUAGAAAUAUUGUUUUGUGUUAUUUUGUUUUAAUUUUAUUUGGGGACAAUUUUACAUUAUUCUAAUCAUAUUAUUCUAAUCAAUGUAUAAAAAAAGUUAGUUAUUUGUUUUAUUUUAUGUUUUAAGAAAAUAAAUUCGAUUAAAUUUAAAUCAGAGCCAAGUGCCACUUUGUAACAAAGAUAACACUCAUGUAAGAAACAAAAAUUAGUUAAACUAAAGAAAAAAUUCUAGUUAUUAAAAUUACGUGGGAUCUUUAAGUAGAAUUAUAAUAUAAAUAAUAAACAUAAGUGAUUCGAAAAUAAUUAAAUAAUUGUCGGAAAUUAGGUCAAUUUGUAUCGACAUUUUAGUAAAUAAUAUAAAAAAUUAAACUUAAAAACAUUCCUUAAAAAAUUUAAUAAAUACAGGGACUUGUAGAGCAAAUCAAUUGUAUAAAUUAAAAUUACGCGCAUUCUCCGAAAAUAAAAAAAACACAAUUUCUCCGAAAAAAUCCAACGUAAUAGUUAAGUAAGUUAAAAUAUUUAAAAGAAAAAUACCUAACGCUCACGUAAGAUGCUAUAAUAAAUGCCGCACGUGUCUUGAAAUGCCUAACAAGAUGCAUUUGUUUUUAUAUUCGUAUUGUUUAUUUUUUUUUAUUUUUAUUGUUUUUAUUUUUAUUAUUCUAUUUUUUGAAAUAUAUUUUUACUCUAAAAUAAGAAGAGAGUUACACUCAUUAUAAAAUAAAUGUUAAUAUUGUAAUAAAUACAAAUUUGUUAGAGAGAGACAAAAUAAAAUUAUUGUUAAAUGAAAUAUUUUUUAUAAGAAGACAAU